AUGAGUCUCAACCUUGUCCCGGAGCAUAUAUCCUGGGGACAGGCUUUUGCCAACACCCGGGAGCCCUCCAAGAUGAUAGAAAUCCUCGGAAAUAGCCCGCGUUCCCUGAAUACCGGAAUCGUUGACAUCGAAGUCAGACCCGUGCCCGUGGCUAUAGAGCCCAAGGGAGAGCCCGUGAAGGACUUGGGGGGCUAUGAGCUGCCUCCCGAACGAGGUCGUUGA